CACUGAAGUGACUCACCAAUUCAGCACCAUUCAAGCAGUACACCUGCCAGAGAGCAGCAGUCACAGACUGUUAACCUCAAGAUCUGGAAGUGUUCGCGAGUCAACGAAGCUUCACAAACUCUGUCACCAUCUGCUUUUGUCAAACUUAGAAAGAGCCCUUUGGCUUCAUCUUAGUGAUUUUAAGAUUCACAGUAACGUGAGCUCAAGCACUGCAUCUGGUCCAGGUCGUAAGGCACCUGCCGGAAAAUGACCCUGCAGCCAUUAACUUCAGUGAACUGUGCAGGCCUCCUACAGCCUGGCUGCUCUUUGCUACAGCUGGAUGGUGAAGUUCUCCUGUUUGGCCAGAAAGGCUGGCCCAAGCGCUCAUGUCCAACGGGGGUGUUUGGGAUUCGGUUUAAACGGGGUGAGAUGAAGCUGAGGGCCAUCUCCUUCUCCAGUGACUCCAGCUACCUUCCCCCUUUACGCUGUCCUGCCAUUUGCCGCCUCGACCCCUACGACGGGCUCCCCGAGAGUUAUCUCAUUCAUGGUGGCCGCACCCCAAAUAACGAGAUCUCUUCGAGCUUGUAUCUGCUGACCAUGGAUAGUCGUGGCUGCAAUCGUAAACUGACCCUGUGCUGCAAAGAGAAAGAGCUGGUGGGAGAAGUGCCAGGGGCCCGAUACGGCCACACGAUGAGCAUGGUUCAAAGCCAUGGGAAGACAGCCUGCGUGUUAUUUGGGGGUAGAUCCUACAUGCCUGCGGGAGAGCGGACCACAGAGAGCUGGAACAGCGUUGUUGACUGUCCCCCUCAGGUGUUCCUGUUUGACCUGGAGUUUGGGUGCUCCUCUGCCCACACUCUACCUGAGCUCAGUGAUGGACAGUCCUUCCAUUUGGCCAUUGCCCGAGAAGACUGUGUCUACUUCAUCGGAGGUCACUCGCUCACCUCUGACUCCCGCCCCCCUCGACUCUUCCGCCUGCGGGUGGAGCUCCUGCAGGGAAGCCCCCUGCUCUCCUGUGAGACCCUAGAAACUGGCAUAUCCAUCUCUAGCGCCAUAAUCACCCGUACAGGUCCCACUCACAGAUACAUUAUCUUAGGUGGAUAUCAGUCAGACUCUCAGAAGAGGAUGGCGUGCAGCACCGUGAUUCUGGAUGAGAAAGGGAUUCACUUUGAGACUUCAGAACCACCUAAGUGGAUCCCAGAUAUCAUCCAUAGUCGCACUUGGUUUGGGGGCAGUGCGGGGGAGGGAAAGGCCCUUCUUGCUGUACCUACUGAGGGAAGACCAUCCCAGCCAGAUGUACAUUACUUCUAUCUGGUCAGCUUCCAGACAGAGGGAGAAGGCAAAGAGGAAGAGGGAACCCUGGCCUGCAGCCAGGAGUCAACAGAUUAUGACGACUCUACUCCUCUUGAGGACUCUGAGGAGUUGUACUUUGGUCGUGAGCCGCACGAGCUGGAGGGAGGCAGCGACGAAGAAGGGGACACUUACAACGAAGACGAUGAGGAGGACGAAUCGCAAACAGGCUACUGGAUCAAAUGCUGCCUGGGCUGUCAGGUGGACCCCAACACGUGGGAGCCGUACUACUCCACUGAGCUCCACCGGCCAGCCAUGAUCUUCUGCUCCAGAGGGGAGGAGGGGCACUGGGUCCAUGCCCAGUGCAUGGAGCUGUCUGAGACUCUGCUGCUUAGACUGUCUCAAGGCAGCAAAAAGUAUUUCUGCCUGGACCACGGAGGCCUGCCCUACCAGGAGAUGACCCCGCCUCGGGAGGUCAUCCCCCUGAAGCGCACCCCCAUGAAGGUGAAGGACAGGAGAACUCCUCCAACAAUCAAGAUGUCCCCUGCUAAAAAAAACUUUUUCAGAAGACUUUUCGACUGACUUGAUCCUCGAUGCAGUUAGACAGUCCCUGUUGAGAAUGAAAGUUUUCUUCUUAUAUUACAGUUAAUAAAUGACUAAUGAAAAACAUCUGAUAUGCUGAUCGGUAUGUGAGAAAUACGUGAAGUGAUAAACAAUAAAUUGCAAACAUAACUAUAUCAUUAUUACAUUGUUUUAAUAAAUAAUAAAUAAUACAAAUAAAUGUAUUUGUAGUUUGUAUUUUCAUCAGCUCUAUAAGAGUUCAUUGUUUUUACAUUAAGGACCACAGAUCUUAACACUUCUAACUCUUCCAAGGCCAAAUGAAGCUGUAUUCUUUUCAUGAUUCUUUCUACAAUUUAAGUGAU